AUGCUUCGGUCACGUUUCCCCACGUCUCACCACUUCACCGUCUCCGUCUUUGGCUGCCAAUACCACGCUGAGGCGCCAAGCGCUGAAAAGACAGAGCUCAUUGGUCGCUUUGACAAGCUCAUCGAUAGCGCCGCCAUCCACGUUGAACACCUCGAGCAAAACGAUGUUCCUUCCAAGAUCUGGAUGAGCUACUGGGAGUCACCCCAAAAGUUCAAGCAGUGGUGGGAAAAGGACGACACUGUAUCUUUCUGGGCGUCACUACCCGAUGACGCGGGUUUUUGGAGAGAGACGUUUAGUCUUCCUGCUACGCGGGCCAUGUAUGAAGGGACGGGCAAGGAUGCGUAUGGGUUUGGGCAUUGCGGGAGCUUGCUUCCCCUCACCACCAAGACCGGGUAUUGGGGAGCUUACCGUUCUCGCAUGACGCCAGACUUUGAAGGGGACACGUUCAGUUCUCCAAUUCCGAUGUAUGCGGACCAAUCGGUGCCUGCAGACAAGAUCCGGCCUGGAAGAGUGAGGAUCACCGACUUUCCUGAUAAUCUUUGUAUGGUGGUGGAAGGUCAGCACUAUGCUGAUAUGGGGGAACGGGAACGCGAGUACUGGAACGAGAACUUUGAUGGGUUGACGAAGCAAUGGGUCACCAAUGUUGUUACAGCGGGCCAUAAGCAAGGCAUGGUGAUCGCGAGGGCAUGUCACGGAUUUGCGGGGGAGAAGAAGCUUGGAGCAACAAACGGUCCAGUUAACGGCAUCUUCCCGGGUUUAGACUACGUGCACCAAGCGCAGAUCCUGAUCUGGCAGGAUAUCUCCAAGAUGGAAUAUCUAGGCCGUUACGACGAAACCCACGUCAAGCUUCGCCGCAAUUUCAUGAAGGCGUACGGACCAGGAGGAGAGAUGGAAGGCGGAGAUUUGCUGCUGUGGGUGGAUCUGGGAAUUCUCAAGAAGGACGAGAUUGACGCUGAGUACGUGGGUUGUUAUGAGAGCACGGGCUUCUUGAAGCUUGACAAGGGUCAGUUUUUCAAGGUUGAGUCGACUGCAGGUUCGAAGCUGCCGCCGUUUUUCGACGAGCCAAUAGAGUCUAAGCCGAUAGAGUGGUAG